GCGCAACUCGCGUUAGUCGCAUGCGCGGAUCGGCGCAGGACAGGUACGACAGAUAGAUGGCCGCCAGACAAACAUUGAUCCACAUCCUGGCCGGCUUCUGCAUAUGCCUCUGCCUGUGCUUCUCGGAUGCGGCCAGCGAUGGUUCCAAUGCGGCACAAAUAUUGAAAUAUGAGAAUGAGAAAAUGGAUGGCGAUGGCUAUGCCUUCUCUUUCGAGACGAGCGAUGGUAUAUCGCGGCAGGAGACGGCCACGCUGAAGCAUCCCGGCACCCCAUUGGAGGCCAUUGCCGUGCAAGGCAGCGUCAAUUGGGUGGGACCCGAUGGCGUGCACUACAAACUCAACUAUCUGGCCGAUGAGAACGGCUUCCAGCCCCAGGGCAAGCAUCUGCCGCAGUUGGAAGCCACUCGCACGGCCUGAGCACUGAUCACGUGAUAGCUUUGGACUUUGUGAAGCAAAUUAAAUCACCAAAUAUGUAGCAGCAGGAGGAGGAGGAGCAGACACAAUAGAAAUUAAAUAUAUAUAUGUAUGUUAUAAUAAGUAUAUAUACGUAGACACAUGCGUUCGUUCGGCUAUAUACUACGGCCGACGGAUUGACGGUGGAGUGCUGUUUGGGCAUAAAUUUUCACCCAACGAAAUUGAAUUGUAUUCUAAGCAUGAAAUUAGCAUAUACAUCUGUACGAGCAUCUUCGAAACCCGUUUGCACUGCCACUGCCCCUGUCCGCCUCCGUCAGAGUACGUUUCGGA